GGCCGGCCCCAGCCAGCACACGGAUCUAACGAUGUUUCCAGCGGGGGGGGGUUGCCAGCGGGCUAGCGGAGAGCAGGAGCCGGAUUUCAACCUCGGGCCACCCGGGAGAGUCACCGGGGGUGCCUCACGCCCAUCGCAGCGCAGCAGCGGGGCACGGCCCUCUGCGCCCGAGCUCGCACCAGAUGGGGAAGCCAUAAGGAGUUUGUAUCAUGGCAACAGAUGAGAAUGGACUGGGACUGCUUGAUACCCAUUAUGGUGUUGGAGCUUCUCCCUUCAAGGAGGGUGAUGAGAGCUCAGUUGAUAUUUACGAUGGCCUGGACAAUGGUUUAACAGCUCCAGACAAUUCUGCUCCAAAUUCUACACCAGCUGCAAACGGCUUAAAUUUGUUUGAUGAGUUAUUAAUUGAAGAAGGGACUGCAAAGGAAGCAUCCUACAAUGAGUUGCAGGCCGAAUAUGGAAAAUGUCAGCAGCAAAUUAAAGAGCUGAUGAAGAAGUUUAAGGAAAUACAGGCACAGAAUGUAAUUCUGCAGAACGAAAACCAAGCUCUCAAAAAGAACAUUUCAGCACUUAUCAAAACAGCAAGAGUGGAAAUUAACCGUAAGGAUGAAGAAAUCAGUAAUCUCCAUCAAAGGCUAUCAGAAUUCCCCAAUCAUCGAAGUAAUUACACCAGAACUCACCUUCCAGGACUGACUAAUGGAAGGUGCUUGGAGGUGUGCAAAACAAAAGAUUCCAAAUUCAGACCUUCUGAUUUAGGUGACAGUAUGAAGAUGGAGCACAGAAUGAAAAAUGACUCUUCAAAAGAUCCAUACCACAGUUACUCAUUUCAUAACACGGACAAUGAGAAGUCUAGCUCUGAAAAAAGAAACACUCCAAACCUGCCCAGAUGUCCCCCUGAAGAGCUCUGCAGUGAUGGCACUCAAAUGUGUCAACCCAACUAUGACCAUGGCUCCAACAAGGAAAGCAGAAAGGAAAGAAAAGAAAUAAAAAGUAGUGAACAGUACAGUAGGGGAAGUGUCAACAAAUACAAAAGGGAAGUACAUCAGAGCAAUGGGAACAAUGAUACCUGUAGCAAUGGUGAUAGUGAAGAGGGGAAUUCGGAUCCUCAGCAAAAGUUGAAAACCCUUUCUGAGAAGGCUAGUAAAAAGGACUUGCAACAAAAAAGUCAGAGCAUGAGACUCAAAUGCAGUCCAAGUGUAGAAAGAAGAGUAGAAAGGGGUGUUUCUUCCCGGGAGAAACAAACUACUGGUAAAGACAGAUUUCAAACAAGAGGUGAAUUAUAUGCUGAUGAGAGACCACAAAAUGUAUUAAAAAAAGACCUUAAAGCACAUGAUAAAGAUGAAAAAAAUUCUGGCCAAAAAAAUAAACUGAAUGAAAAGCUACAAGAUCAAUCAAGAAGGUCUGGUAGAGGGAUUAGUCCACACUCCAGGAAUGACCAUUUGAAGAGUCUUCAUGACUCACGUAAAUGUCAUGUGGAAGAGUCUAGAAAAGGAAAAGCCAUUGACUGCAAGAGAGACAGGGGAACAAAUGAUCAUACUUCUCGAGAAGGAAGGAUUUCACCUUCUAAUUCCAGCAGCAGAGAACAUAAAUGUGCACGCUUGAAGCUAAAUAGCAGUAGGUAUGAAUGGGAAACAGCACAUUCCAAGUCAGAAAGACACAGAACUGAGGAAAAAAGGAAAAGGGAGAGAGAGAAUCAAGAUGAAAACAAGCAUUUUAGAAAUGAAAGGAAAGUUGCAAAAGAGAUUUCUCACCAAUCUGCAAAAGAAUCCAAGAAAAGUACAGAUGUUACAAAAAGUGAGAAAAAGAAAUCCAGAGUAGAUGAUCUCUUAAGAGUUUCCAAAACCAAAGAUGAUCGCACUGGGACAAAAAGCAAAGACUUAAAACUUAGCUUUAUGGAAAAGCUAAAUUUAACUCUUUCUCCUGCUAAGAAACAAAGUCCAAUGGGUAGACUUAAAACACCUUCCGAAAAUCCCUCUGAUGAGGGAAGUACAGAGCUCAUGCUGCAGGCAGAACUGUUGGAUUCUGCCCACCCGUUGAACUGUGGUCCUAUGGAACAAACCAGUUCAACACUGCAAGUUCUGAAUAGUGCAGCUGAAAUCAGUGUGGAACCAACACCACCUCUUUCAGCCAACUGUGAAGAUGAAGCCUUGAAAGUAGCAGCAGCAGCAGAUGCAGCACAGUCUGAAGCAUUGUCAGUGAUGGCAACUGAUGAACUGAGCUCAGAAACUUUACCAGAGGCAGAAGUGGGUCAGGUACAUUCCCAAGCUUUGCCAGAAGCAGAAGAGGUACUGGUUCUUGAUGAGGUGCGGGCUGAAAUGUUGUCAGAAGCAGCAGAGAUUUGUGAUCUGGUUGAAUCAGAAGCCUUGGCAACAGCAGCUGCAGUGACAGACCCAAAUCUCCCUGAAUCUUUGCCCCGGGAGGUGGCAGGGGGUGUGCCAGAGUGUGAAAACUUGCCUGUGAUGGUGGGAGUGAUGCAGGUUGAGAAUGUAGUAGCAGCAGAACUGGUACAAUCUGAAAUUGCCAAUGAAGGUAUGGGAGCUGUUCCAGAGUCAGCAGCAGAGAAGAAAGGAGAAGAUAAAAUCUGUCUAACUCCUAACACAAAAAGCUCAGUAGACCAAUGUGGUUCUCAAAACCUUGUCUUAAAUGACUCAGAAGCAAAAAGUCCUGGUGUUCUGGAGUCCUGUGGGGUCAUAGAUCAUGUUAGUGAAACGAAAGUGGACUCUCUAAUGGAAGUAGUGAAGGAUCACUUGACUGUAGAAAAUCUUGAGUGUCCUGUUGAGGAAAAGAGAAUCUGCGAAAUCGACAUGAGUGCAUCUCAGUCACUUGACAGAACUGUUUUAACUGGGAAGGAUGAACCAUUAGUUGAUCAGAAUGCUUGUGAUCUGGAGCCAAGCCUAACUGAAACCAGUACUGCAGCACCUCUUGGUGGUGAGAUGUAUCCUAGAGCUAAAGACAGAGAAACUACCUCAGUUCCUGUUGAUGAUGAAAGCUCAAUACUGAGCAUUGAUCUCAAUCACUUGAGGUAUAUUCCAAAGGCAAUCAGCCCACUGAACAGUCCAAUGCGCCCUUUGGCUAAAGCACUUAAGAUGGAAAGUCCCUGCAAAGGUCUUGUGAAGAGUUAUAGCAAAGAUUUAAAUCCUGAAAAUACAGUUGUCGUCUGUCCCUCAAAGAAUUUGUCUAAGGAGGUAAACAAAGAAAAUCAGAAGCCAGCUAGCAUGGCUGAUGAACGCUUAGAGAUGGAGUCCCAGCUGAGUAUCUCUUCAGAUGAAAUAGAAGAGGGAGAGAUCAUAAGCAGUGAUGAAGAUGAAGAAAAAUCUAAACCAGAAAGAGGCUCUGAAAACACUAAAAAGUCAAGACCAAAAGCAGCUCCUGAGACACGAAAUUUGGCCAGCAGUCCACAAAAUCAAAAGAGCAAAACUGUGCAUUGCAAUGAAGAGAAUGGAAAGUUUGUCUCUGUGCAAGUAAGCACGAAGAAGAACAGAGAGGGACAUACAAAUCAAACUCUCAGAUCCUCGAAGGAUAUGAAGAAAAAUAAAACUGUGAGCAUUGCUUGUCUUGAGAAGAUAGUUCAUGUUAUUGUUGAACCUUCAAAUGCACAAGAAGUCAUGCAGAUGCUAAGAGCUAUACGAAAACAGAUGAGGAAAAGCUAUAUGAAGUUCAAGGUGCAUUUCCCAGUUCAGCAUUUUCACAGAAUUAUCGAAUCCGGUAUCAAAAAUUUUACAUCAUUAAUAAGAUACUUGAACUUUUACAAGAUGUCUACAUCAGGUGAGACACUAAAAUUGCAUAUCUGUGACAUUAUAGAGUCCAAAUUAAAGCAAGUUAAAAAGAAUGCAAUUGUGGACCGCCUUUUUGAGCAACAAGUAUCUGAUAUGAAAAAACAGUUAUGGAAAUUUGUAGAUGAACAGCUUGAUUACUUAUUUGAAAAGAUAAGGAGAAUGAUAAUAAAACUAUGUGAUGUGGGAAAUGUGAGAAAUGAGAGUGAGGAAGGGAAGUUUGAAAGAGCAGGAAAGCAAAAACACAAGAUCAGUCAUAAAAAUGACGUACAGAGAUCUAGAAAAAAGUCCCUGAAAGCCAGAUCUCAAAAACCUGAAGAAUAUAUCCUUUCAAAGCAAAUUGUGGAUUAUCAGCGACCUAAGGGUCACCAUGAGAAAAAUAAAACAGAUGCACCAAAACCUGCCUUUACAAAAUGUCUUAACUCUAUUGAUAACACAAGGAAUUCCCAAACCAAAGUGCAUGUCUCUAAAGAAAAUAAUUUGCAAGUAAGUCUCACUCCAUCAAAGAGUGUAAGAUAUGAGAAGGAAGGAUUCCAGCUAUCCAGAGAUGCCAACAAAUCUGAUUUCAGUUACGAGCUUCUCACAGAACAGCAAGCAUCCAGUCUUACAUUUAAUCUUGUAAGUGAUGCUCAAAUGGGUGAGAUUUUCAAAAGCUUAUUGCAAGGUUCUGAUCUACUGGAAAAAAACGGUGGCACUAUCGACAGAAAUGAGUGGGAAUUUAGGACUCCAGAAAAACAGUUUUUAGAGAAUCAUAAAUGCAGAGGUCAUGCUGCUGGACUUGUGCAAGAGAUUGCUGCAAAGGAGGUUUGUGUGGAAUCUCGAGCAGUAGAGGAUAUUAACUGGCCAGUUGUUUCACCUCUAAGAGCUCCCUCUUUAGCAUCUCAGCUUCAGAUGUCUGUUGAUCCAGAUGUACUGGAUGAAAGCUGUAUGUUUGAGGUUCCUACAAAUGCAGCCUCGUGCAAAGAAGAUGAAUGCAACUCACAGAAGAGUAAAUCAUUUAUUUCUUCUAUCCUCCUUGAAGAUUUGGCUGUUUCCUUAACUAUUCCAUCACCUUUGAAAUCGGAUGCUCACCUCAGCUUUCUAAAACCUGAGAAUAACUCUAGCUCAACUCCCGAGGGUGUUCUCAGCGCGCAUUACAGCGAAGAUGCACUUCUUGAAGAAGAAGAUGCCACUGAGCAAGACAUUCAUUUGGCUUUAGAAUCUGAUAACUCAAGCAGUAAAUCAAGUUGUUCUUCGUCGUGGACAGGUCGGCCUGUUGCUCCUGGUUUUCAGUGUCGCCCCAGCCUCCCAAUGCAAGCAGUAGUCAUGGAGAAAUCCAAUGAUCAUUUUAUUGUCAAGAUCAGGCGUGCGGUGCCAUCUACCUCAUCAACAUCUGAUCAGGUGAAGGAGGUGAGGGCAUCCUCAACCAAGGCUGAAAAAGUAGAAAUUAGAAGUGGGGAAAAAGAAAGGGAGAGCCAGAGUGUCACAGCAGCCACUGUGCAAGAAACUGUCAAACCAGAUCUGGUUAAGACAAAUCAGUUGCCUUGUGUCAGCACUGGACAAGAACAAAAUCCAACCUUACCUCAGUCUCUGAAGGAGUCAGGUAAUAGUAUUGGAAAGGAAGAAACUGCUGGGUUGCUUGGACCCUGUAGAAAAUCUUUGAACACAGAGAGCCGUGACCCAGAAAGCCCAGGGGAAAGCUCUGAGCAGUCUCAGGCACACAAAUUGAAAGUUUCUGAGAAUGCAAAUGAAAUGGGUGUUAGAUGUCAAGCUGCUUUUCCUGCUGAAUGCAAUAUAGAGUCAUACAUAGACUUAACAGAUGAUAUUGUCAGUGAAACUUCAUCUUCUGCAGUGGAAUACACUACAGGUAAUAGGACUCAGGAGACUUCUACAGGAAACUUGGAAAUCAAUGAUAAAAAAGAAGAAUUGGAAGAGUGCUCCGAUGCAUUUAUAGACUUAACAGAAGAGCUUUCCAAUGAGAUUGCAGCAGGAGAAUGUAAUAUUGAAACAAAAUCCACUUCAAAUACUGACGUAGGAUGCUACAUAAGUAUAGAUGAUAAAACUAGUAAAAAAAGGAAAAAGGAGGCUGUCAGAGAGAACUCCAACUCAAAAAGGCAACGAAAAGAAGCUGAAUCUGCAGGUGAAGGGAGUGAUGCAAGUGAUGUGAAGUCUGAAGAGGUAAAUUCAUCACCUAAACUAUGUUCCAGUAAGAAGAACGAGUUGCAGCAGAAUAAAGACUCUUCUCCUUUGGCUUCAACUGCAUCAUCACCUAGCCUGUAUGCCAAAAACAUCAUUAAAAAGAAGGGAGAAGUAGUAGUUUCCUGGACAAGAAAUGAUGACCGAGAAAUUUUACUGGAAUGUCAGAGAAAAGGACCAUCAAGCAAAACCUUUGUUUCCUUAGCCACUAGGCUGAACAAAAGCCCAAAUCAAGUUUCAGAAAGAUUCAAGCAGUUAAUGAAGCUGUUCAAGAAAUCCAAGUGCAAGUAAACCUUCACCAAGUUGCUUUGUGGUCACAGGGUUUAGCUGUAUGGCAGCAGCAAUGGACUACAACCUCUGCAGUCAUAUGGUGGGAUUAAUGAGAGGUAUCUAAGUCAGAAUACAAAGUUUGGUACACCUGGUGCACUGUUUUAUCUGAAGUGCUUUAUCAGAGUAAUACUGAGAGGGAACUUUACAGUGGGCAUGUACAAAUGCAGUGGUAUAUUUUGAGGGGGUGACAUCUCCUCUUGGUUAAAAGUGUUCUAUAAGCAAUGACAAGGACAUGCAAACAGGUGAAAAUGGUGGAUCUUGCUGGUCUUUUCAGAAGUACUGUCAUGUGGUGAUGUCAAACUAUGAUUUGAAAAAGUAAGAAUGCUUUGGAAUCCAAUUAGUAGAUAAUCCUGGAAAAUGACAGGUAUCUCCUCUAGGUUUCCUUCAAACAUAUUUUAAGAAGUUAGGCCUUGUUCUUUUAAAAUGAGGGAAGGCAAUGAUAGCAAUGAUUCCAAAACCUGGUUAUCUGGUAAUUGGAUUCUUCUGGUAAGGAGUAGGUGGCUCUUGCUGCUUUGUCAAUAGUAGCUCAUAGUGGAUUUUGAGAAGAGAAGCUGGCAGGGACUGCUUGGUUUAUCUUCAACUGUGAGUGUGUUGUCUGAGCAAUUUCUUAAUUACUCCAGUGUUUCAGCAGAGUGUAGUAGGGUUCUCUUUGAGAGUGUCCAUCUGUUAUCAUUGCCAGUAGAGAAAAUCUAAGCCAGCUGUGUAGUCUAGACCCCUUCUUGAUUUUUGAAGUCAAACCAAAUCCCAACAUCUGUGAGAGAGUAAAGUGAGUCAUUAGUGCAGUGACCAGUUUUUCAGUUUCUUUUAAAAUGUGAAAUGAUGUAAUUAGUCUUCAUUUUCAAGGAACUGCCUUGUAGUUUAAAAUUCUUGAAGUUCUGGUUAUACUUAUAAAGACUUAGUAUUGAAUUUUGAGUGGUUAGUUUGGGGUUUUUUCAAUGAAAAAUGUAUUGGCAUUUUAUUUUUUUUCCUUCAUAAAAGGCUAAUACAUUUUUCUAAUCAAAGUUCCAUCUAGGAAAGGUACUUAAUAUAGGUCUUCAACAUAGAAAACAUACUGUUUUGUUUAAA